UUGAGCUGUGAUUUAGCUGUCUUUUCAUGUAGUAUUUCUCUCACACAUCUCCAAAAUAACAAGAAACAAAAACCCCUUCUCUUUCUUCAAACCCAGAAACCCGCUUUUCUUCUCUCCUUCUCUCAUCAUAUUUUUCUUCCUCUUAACAUUGGCCCUCUUUCUCAGAUCUCUGGAAGAGAACAGAGAAAGAAAUUGAACACACAAAAGUGGCAUUUGGUAAAUCAGAUGUCUCAUGUGAGAUGAAGAAGACCCACUUCCACUCACUCUCUACUCUUGUAGUCCCCAUUGUCUUUUUCUUUGUUGGGUUAGUUUGUGUAUGCUCUGCUGAGCAACGCAUCUCCAUUACCAGCCAUGGAGGUCUCACUGAUGCUGAGGCCCAGUACAUCAGGCACCGCCAGUUGCUUUACCACAGGGAUGAGUUUGGUGACCGAGGAGAGAUGGUCACAGUAGACCCAUCUCUGGUCUUUGAAAAUGAUAGAAUUAAGAGUGCUUACUAUGCUUUACAAGCUUGGAAGCAAGCCAUUCUCUCCGAUCCAUUGAAUCUCACUGCGAAUUGGGUGGGGGCUAAUGUCUGCAACUACACCGGCGUGUUUUGUGCUCCUGCACUUGACAACCCCAAGAUCCGAACCGUCGCCGGCAUUGAUCUCAACCAUGGGGAUAUUGCAGGGUACUUGCCGGAGGAGCUUGGGAUGCUCGUGGAUCUCGCAUUGUUUCACAUCAAUUCAAACAGGUUCUGUGGUACUGUGCCGCAGAAGUUCAAGAAGUUAAAGCUACUGUUCGAGCUAGAUCUUAGCAACAAUCGAUUUGCUGGCAAGUUCCCUAAAGUGGUUCUUUCACUACCAACACUGAAGUUCUUAGAUCUGAGAUUCAACGAAUUUGAAGGCACUGUCCCGCCAGAGCUUUUUGAUAAGGAUUUGGACGCAAUCUUCAUCAACCACAACCGUUUCGUGUUCGAUCUGCCGAGCAAUUUUGGUAACUCCCCUGUUUCGGUGAUUGUGUUGGCGAACAACAAAUUUCAUGGCUGUGUACCUUCAAGUUUGGGGAACAUGUCGAAUUUGAAUGAGAUAAUUAUGAUGAAUAAUGGGUUCAGAUCGUGUUUGCCUCCUGAAAUAGGUAUGCUCAAGAACUUGACUGUGUUUGAUGUAAGCUUUAAUGAGUUAAUGGGUCCGUUGCCGAACACUAUUGGCGGUAUGGUUAGUCUUGAACAGCUGAAUGUGGCUCAUAAUAUGCUCUCCGGGAGUAUUCCGGCGAUUAUUUGUCAGUUGCCUAAUCUGCAGAACUUCACUUAUAGUUAUAACUUCUUCACCGGAGAGCCGCCGGUAUGCUUGAGCUUACCGGACUUUGAUGAUCGGAGAAACUGUCUGCCGGCGAGGCCGAAGCAGAGGUCUACUGGGCAAUGCAGGGCGUUUUUGUCCAAGAAGGUUGAUUGCAGCUCGUUUAGAUGUGCCCCUUUUGUGCCUUCUUUACCUCCACCUCCCCCUCCCUCACCGCCAAUUCCGGUGCCUUCACCGCCUGUUGUGGUGCCCUCUCCUCCCCCGCCAGUAUUAUCGCCUCCCCCACCUGUAUUCAAUCCCCAAUCACCACCUCCACCUCCUCCAAUACUUUCGCCGCCACCACCACCACCACCACCACCACCAGUUUUCUCACCCCCACCCCCACCAUACCCUGUUUAUUCACCGCCUCCACCACCUCCUUCACCCCCGCCGCCUGUUUACUCUCCUCCACCACCGCCUCCACCAGUUUACUCUCCACCGCCGCCUCCACCAGUUUACUCUCCACCUCCACCACCACCACCACCUCCUCCUCCACCUCCACCUCCACCAGUUUACUCUCCACCUCCUCCAUCGCCCCCACCUCCAUCCCCGCCACCACCACCGCCUGUUGUGUCUCCCCCACCAUCAUCACCACCACCACCAUCAUCCCCACCACCUAUACCAUAUUGCGUACACUCCCCACCACCGCCUCCACCCAACUCACCACCACCUCCGUCUCCAACUCAAGUUUUCUCUCCACCACCUCCAAUUCCUUAUUAUUAUAGUUCACCGCCUCCACCACCACAUUCGCCCCCACCUCCUCCACACUCUCCACCGCCUCCCAUUUAUCCCUAUUUAUCGCCCCCACCACCUCCUCCCGUCCACUCUCCACCUCCUCCAGUCCAUUCCCCACCCCCACCAUCCCCGCCUCCUUGUAUAGAACCCCCUUCUCCACCUCCUCCAUCGUCAUCACCACCUCCACCAACUCCUUAUAAAUCCCCACCGUCACCCUCACCUCCACCACCACCAGUAACUUACUCAGCCCCGCCACCGCCACCGCCACCAGUUCAGUACCAUUCCCCUCCUCCACCAUCACUAUCACCCCCAACACCAGUUCAUAAUCACUCGCCACCACCUCCUGUUCACUACCAUUCGCCACCCUCUCCAUUGCCAUCUCCACCACCACACCCAAUUCCAUGUGAAAAUCCACCACCUGCUCUCUCACCGCCAAUUGUUUAUGGUAGUCCGCCGCCUCCAGCCCCAGUGUACGAGGGGCCAUUGCCACCCAUUCCUGUGAUUUCAUAUGCCUCACCUCCGCCACCACCCUUCUAUUGAUUCUUUUGAGAACAGAAAAAAUUUACAUUUUUACUCAGCAAUCACGGUGUUCGUAUCUCUUACUUUCUCCUCGGGCAAUUCUCGCCGCUCGUGGAGUGAGAGUUGGAAAAUUGGAACAGAAGGUCGGCGUGUUUAGAAUUCACUACGGGCAUUGUUCUCUCAUUGGAAUCUCUUGGAAAUUUGAUUGUUGUCGAUGAGAGUUGAAUAAGAAGAAGUGGAAGAAGGGAUUCUCUCCAUAUUUAUUUGAAUUGUUAUGAAUUGUAGGUUACAAUGAAAGUGUAUGUAUAGAGACCAUAAAUUCAGGGCUUACAAAAUGCAGUAACAGCAGCUUCUUCUGCUGUUGCUGCUGGUUUCGUGGGGUUUCAUUGUUAUUAUCUCUUCUUUUAUAUCAUACUUUUGUUCAUUUUUUGCUUUCCAAUUUUAUAGUAUAAUCACCAACAUUUCACUUGUAUUGAUUUUCUUAAUUCAUGGAUGGAUUGCUUCUUCUUUGCAA